AAUUUCUAUUCAGUGUGCAUCAAGUUGUCGAGCCAUAAACAUCUAUCAUUGCAAUAGAAAAGCAACGUCCGAACUAUUUGCAAUUAUUUUAAUACGUUGUUUUUUUUUCUCUUUUUCUUACGAAACAAAUUGAAAAACUAUAGCUUGACUUUGAACAUUUCUCGUUUGGGUUUUCUGAAGUUGGGUUCUAAUUCAAAAUUAUGGCAACUUGUGAUCGACACCAGCAGGAGCUGCAGUGUAAUGAAAACUUCUCACCUGUGAUUGGCAUUUUGUGUAUCGACAUUGCCUCAGCCCUACAAAAGAACUAUGGCAAAGAAAAUCAGAGUUACUUGGCUGCUUCGUAUGUCAAAUAUUUGGAAGCAGCCGGUGCGAGAGUCAUACCAAUAUGGAACAAUCGAUCCCAGGAUUACUAUGAGUCGAUAAUGAAUAAAAUCAAUGGAAUUCUCUUACCGGGUGGCGCCAUUUAUUUCAAUAAAAAAUAUUGCACCAAAGACAUGACCAGUCACUGCUAUGACAGCUCCAGGUGUAUAUUCGAGAUUGCUCGCCAACUCAACGAGCAGGGACGACAUUUUCCACUGUGGGGUACCUGCUUGGGAUAUCAAAUGCUCUUGACGCAUUCGGCUGGGGUUGAGGAUGUACGACAAGAUUGCACAGACAUGAAGCAAUCAUUGCCAGUACAGUUUGAAGAUCAGAAUGUUUUGAAAAAAUCGAAAUUAUUUGCAAACCUAGACGAGUCGAUGAAGGAGAAAAUGUCAAAACAGCCAUUUGGUUAUCACUAUCAUCGUUAUUGUAUAACAAAGGGGGAUUUGAGCCUUUUCAAAAUCGAGGGGCAAUGGCGGGUGUUGGCCACCAAUAAAGAUGCCAAGGGUUUGGAAUUUAUAACCUUAACUGAACAUGUGAAAUUCCCCUUCUUUGGUUCACAAAUCCAUCCGGAACGGGUAUUCUAUGAAAAUUUGCACGACCGCGACUCAUGCCAUCAGUGUCCCAGCUGUUAUGAGCUGAAUCAGUAUUUCGCCAAAUUUUUUGUCCAACAAUGCAGGGCGAAUGCAAAUCGUUUCGAGGACCACAAGGAACUAGUCCGUUAUAGUAUCAAUAAUUUCCCCCUUACAUUUACGGGCCCGGAGAAGUUGCACUGGCAAUUAUGUUAUCUCUUCAAAGCGAAUACGGAUUAUCCAAACCAAGUUCUAGAAAAUGGAGGAGACGGAGAAAGUGACAAGUGAUUAGGCGUUACAGCAGCCGAUGAACAGAAACAUGAUAAGAUAUUGUAAGAUAACAUCAACUAUGAGGUUGAUGUCUGAUGGAGGGCACAAAGCGUUUUUUUUUUGAUGUUUAAAUAUGAGUCGGGGGUUGUUUUUAAUGGUGCUUUAAAUGUAAAAAUAUUUAUGUAUGUAUUUGCUUUUGUAUAAUGUAUUAGCCAAAUAUAGUCAAUAAUUUCUUAAA